GUGACUACGUAGUCACUGACUAAUGUUACGAACGAGUUAUUCGCAAUCAUUUGCAAUCUAAAGUUCGUUCAUGAAAUCGUGCGGAAUUGCAUCGUGACAAUCGUCACGAAAACUAAGGAAAUUUAAUACUCUGGGGUAUUUGAACUGAGAUUUAAAUAUUUGGGAUUUUAUAUAUUGUUCGGAAGACAAAGGUGAACAAUGGAUCAGUACUCGCAUGCUGAACCAGUAGAGAUCCCAGAAGAGGCUCUUAAACUAACAUUAGAGAAUGAAGAACCAGCAGGAUUAGGACAAAGCUUAUAUAAAACAAUGCAAAGAUCACCAUUUCUUAUAGCUGGUAUACUAGGUUUUGGUGCAGUAUGCGGCAUAGGUGCCUACAAGUGGAAGACUAGAACUAUUAAACCUUCCUUGUUCUUCAUACAGUUAAGAGUUGCAGCUCAAUCUACUGCAUUAGGAUUUAUAACUCUAGGAAUGGUGUAUCAGAUGUAUAAAGAUUAUGCUAGUAAACAGAAACCUACAUGAUGAUAUUUGUCAUUUGUCAUUAUUUAGUGAACAAAUGUAUCAUAAAAAUGAAGAAAAGUAAGAUAUUAUAAUAUUGAAAAUGAACAAAUUAUGAUUAAUUUAGAUUUUACAGUAGAAACUAUAAGCAUUAUACAGGAAUAUAAAAUCUGUAAUUUUUAUGAUCUACGUCAAGUAACUCUAUAAGAAAAACACCAUCAAUAGUAUUUGUUUUUAUGCAAUAAUAUUUUAAUAUUCUCUCAAAUGUAUAUAUUAUUAAGAGUAUGAAAUUCUUUAUUUAUUUAACUUAUUAUCUUUGAAGAUAUUAUAUUUCUAAGAAUGCUUUUAAAAUAAACUCUGUAACAAUCAAUAAAAUUUAGAGUAAAGUUAUUAUUCCUAUUGAGAAAUAUUGGAGAAAACUGAAAUGGUUUCAACAAACUUCUGAAAGAAUAUGUUUUAGAAUUUUAAUUAAACUCCAAAUUCAUGAUUUCUGUUAAACAUUAUUUGUGAACAUAUUACAUCAAUUUGUAAAUAAUAAAGCUUAUGUAAAAUAACUAAA